AUGCUGCAGCUUGCGUGCGCUGGGGAGCAGCUCGAGUGGAGCGAGGCGCUUGGUGUACGAGGCGAGCAGGGCGGCGGCGGCUUAGCGCGUGGUGGUGGUGGCAAAGGUGUUGCUGCGCGCGUGAGCAAGGCGGCGCUGCAGGUGCGGGCAGUGGCCAGCUGCUGGUGGGGCGCGAGCGCGGGCGGCGGAAGCUGGCUGCAGAAACCGGAGAUGCGCGCGUGCGGGCGACCGUGCUUGGUGGAGAGCGGCGCGGGCCUGCCGGCGGCGGGAGUUGCAGUGGCCAGGAGUUGGGCAGCGGGUGGGUGGAGGGCGAAGGCAUGCGGGUGUGUGCUGCAGGUGGAUGUGGCCGGCGGCGGCUCGGAUGGUGGCGUGCGGCUCGGCCCGGCGGCGUUGACCCGCGGGAAUCAGAGUGGUGGCGGCCGGUGGGGCGCAGUCGGCCAGAUGCGCGCGACGGGCUGA